CAAGAUCCGGACAAAAAGCUGCGUCGUGAAAUAGCAAACAACAAUGAAAGACGACGAAUGCAAAGCAUCAAUGCAGGAUAUGAAAACUUGAAAAAUUUGAUUCCCCAUCACGAUGGCGAAAAACUCAGCAAGUCUGCCAUUUUACAACAUACUUCCGAGCAUAUUAUGAGUUUGGAGGAAGAGAAAGCUAAAUUGAUUGCCCAGAAUGAAGAAUUGAUAGCAGCCAACGCUACCCUGAAACGUCUGCUGAUAGAACGAGACCAAUCGAGUGAUGAAGGAAUCAGCAUGGGCAGUUCUCCGGACAGUAACGAAGACAGCAUUGAGGAUAUGAAAAGCGUGUUGAUGGAGCUGCGAGGACAAUUGGACAGUGAACGAUGGUGUCGAGCUGUUCUUGAGAAACGAGUCCAUCCCCCCCCCCCCCCGCCCCCCUCCUCUACCUGGCUUUGUCUUUGUCCCCACCCCCUACCUACC